CAAGCGCAGUGUUCGACACACGGUAGCUUCAGACUGAGUGCAUUGUUGCUAACUAGCUGAAUCAUUUUGGUUAAAUUCACCACUUUCGUCUAAUUGUGCGUGUCCUGUGGUGCAAUGGCGGCAAGAUAUGACAGAGCUAUAACCGUGUUUUCUCCCGAUGGCCACCUCUUCCAAGUGGAGUAUGCACAAGAAGCUGUAAAAAAGGGUUCCACUGCGGUGGGGAUAAGAGGGAAAGACAUUGUUGUCCUUGGUGUUGAGAAGAAGUCUGUAGCAAAGCUGCAGGAAGAAAGGACUGUCCGCAAGAUCUGUGCCCUGGAUGAGCAUGUCUGCAUGGCAUUUGCAGGUUUGACAGCAGACGCCCGUAUUGUGAUUAACAGAGCUCGGGUUGAGUGCCAGAGCCACAGGCUAACUGUCGAGGACCCAGUCACAGUGGAAUACAUCACACGCUACAUAGCUACACUGAAACAGCGCUACACUCAGAGCAAUGGCCGCAGACCAUUUGGCAUCUCUGCGUUAAUUGUUGGCUUUGACUACGAUGGAACUCCCAGGCUGUAUCAGACAGACCCGUCAGGAACCUACCAUGCCUGGAAGGCAAAUGCGAUUGGCCGUAGUGCAAAAACUGUGCGGGAGUUCUUGGAGAAGAAUUACACAGAUGAAGCCAUUGCUGGCGACAAUGAAACAAUCAAGUUGGCUAUCAAAGCUUUGCUUGAGGUUGUCCAGUCAGGAGGAAAGAAUAUUGAACUUGCUGUCAUCAGACGGAAUCAGCCACUGAAAAUUUUGGAAUCCAAGGAAAUUGAGACCCUGGUGGCAGAGAUUGAGAAGGAGAAGGAGGAGGAGGCAGAGAAGAAGAAACAGAAAAAAACCACAUGAAGCAGUUAACUGAAAGUUUUUCCUGCUUGCACUUGGAUAACGAUAGCGUUCCAAAUACUGGUUUUGAAAGGUUUAUUCUCAUUAUUUCAUCAUUAAGAGCUAAAUCAUAACUUGCCAUCCUUGAUGCUUUGCACAUGUUUCUGAGUGGUGUACCACUUUCAAAGAAUUACAAGUUCCCAUACUUUGACUGAGUGAAUUGUGUGUAAGUGCAUCAACCGAUCUCAAGUUAGGGUUUAGGUCUUAUGCUACACUCAAUGGAUGCUUUUGUAUCAUUCAGCUAUGGCUGUCAUUAAUCUCCAAUGUUAAAAUAAACCGUUUGUUUGUA